AUGCCCCCUCCUCCCGGCAGAUUCGGGCCUCAGGGCCUAGGCGCUCCCUAUACGCUUCAACAGGCUCAUCUUCAAUCUCAACACCCCGCUCACGCUCAAUCAGCCAAUACCGCUCUACCUCCCCCUUCGCUCGGUGGCCACCCUGGUUUCGCCGGAAACCCGAAUACCAAUAUGAACCCGUUCACGCUGUCUAGCGCUGGCGUUGCAAAUGGCAUGUCAGUCGCUGGCUUCGGAGGUGCCGGUGCUGAUGGCGGUGGCACUGGGCUUGCAAGCCAUGCGGCACAGAUGGGGUUUGCGCGAGGAGCACAGAUGCAGCAACAGCAACUAAGUCAAGGUCACGAUGGGCGGCUAGCUCUCGACUCAAAAACAGGCGCAGUCAAAACUCGGAUACGCGACGUAUGGAAACAUAAUUUGGCUCACGAAAUGGCCGUUUUGAGACAGCUAGUGGACAAAUACCCAUAUAUCAGCAUGGAUACCGAAUUUCCAGGAAUCGUUGCGCGACCGAUCGGCUCUUUCACGAACAAGGCAGACUACCAUUACCAAACCCUCCGAUGCAAUGUCGAUCUGUUGAAGAUGAUUCAGCUUGGGAUCACUUUGUUCAAUGAAGACGGGGAGGUUCCGCCAGCCACAGCUACGGACUCGAAUGGCCAACCAUACGGCAAUGCUAUGAUACCCGCACCAUGUACAUGGCAAUUCAACUUCCGGUUCUCACUGGACGGCGAUAUGUAUGCCCAGGAGUCAACAACGAUGCUGGCAAAGUCCGGAAUUGACUUCAAUCUGCACGACAAGAACGGCAUUGAUCCCUUUGAAUUUGGCUCAUUGUUGAUCAGUUCCGGUCUCGUGCUGCUUGAUGAUGUGCAUUGGGUUUCAUUCCAUUCCGGCUACGACUUUGGUUACUUGAUGAAGAUCAUGCUUUGCUCCCCCUUGCCCGAAAACGAAGAGGAGUUCCAUAAACUUCUCACCAUCUUUUUCCCGUCCCUCUACGAUAUCAAGUACCUCAUGAAGCACGCCGGUCGCAACCAAGCAGUAAACGACUCCCCUCUCACACAAGCCGCGGCACAGAUCCUCGCCAAUCUUGGCCAAAAAUCGGGUCUCCAGGACAUUGCGGACGAGCUUGGUGUCAAGCGUAUCGGUAUCGCCCACCAGGCCGGGUCGGAUUCCCUGGUGACCGGCGAGAUCUAUUGGAAGAUGCGCCAGCUGGUCUUCAAUGGCAAGAUCGACGAAAGCAAGUAUUCGGGUCAGAUCUGGGGUCUGAAUGGACAGAUGCCGGCGAUGAACUACCACAUGGCUCAGCAGACGCCGAACUUGAACGGUGCUACCAUCUAUUCCGCCGCCGGUACGCCCAGCACUCCUAACAAUUCCCACACACCUCAGCACCACUCUGGCUACCAAACGCCUGGUCGGUAG